AAUGGUCAACCAUCUUGAUCUCCUUCCCAUCAUCGCGGCUUCAUCUUCUUCCGAAUCCAAUAUAAUCUUCUUUCGUUUGUUUGGUUGCAGUUCACUUUAAUAAGCAUCAAUAAUGAGUUAUUAUGAUCAGCAGCAGGUUCCUCCACAAGCUUAUCCACCACCAGCCAAUGCCUACCCUCCCCCAGGGCAGGCCUAUCCUCCAGCUUAUGCUGCACCUCCUCCAGCAGGCUAUCCAAUGAAGGAGGGGGUUGCAAAUCCCCAACCAGCUCCUGCACAGACUCAGGAUCGUGGUGAUGGCUUCUGGAAAGGAUGCUGUGCUGCCCUGUGCUGCUGCUGCGUUCUUGAUAUGUGCUUCUAGGGCUUAGAGAGAGAACCUUCAAUUUAUUCUGCAGUAGUGUUUUCAUCUUGCUCGUUUAAGCUCUUCAUUGAUGUUACACCUCCUUUUCAGCAAGAGGGGAACACCAUGAAUUGCCAGUGUGAUUGAUGAUUCUUUUUUCAUAUUGUAGCAUGAAAUGUAUCGUUAGUUUGAUUUAUUUUCUAUAUGGCACAGCUCCUCUUUUGAGCAUGCUUGGAUUACAAUAGCCAAUUGUGCUUUUUCUCUUCUAGACAUUAAGUUGCAAGCUUUAUUUUCGCUGU